GGAUGGAGCCCCGACUUGGGCCUGAGGUUGCUGCACUCCACCAAGGCUGGCCGACUCUGCUGCUGUGGUUCUCAGCCCUGAGCUCUUCUUUCUCCUCGCCAGCUUCCCUCUCUCCUUCUCUGGUGCUCCAAGUCAGAAGCAGCUACACUUCUGGAAGGACUUUCCUCGGUCUUGAUAAAUGCAAUGCCUGCAUCGGGACAUCUAUUUGCAAGAAGUUCUUUAAAGAAGAAAUAAGGUUUGGCAACUGGCUGGCUUCUCCACUCAGACUUCCUCCUGAAUACUUGCCUUCUUAUCCUGCCAAUUACUCCGAUGAUUCCAAGACCUGGCGCCCCGUGGAGAUGUCUAGGUUGGUCAGCAAAGCGCAGAAUGAGCUCUCUGACAGGAGAAUCUGUGCCUCGGCAGCCGCCCCAGAGACCUGCAGCAUCGAGCGUGUCCUGCGGAAAACCGGGAGGUUCCAGAAAUGGCUGCAGGCCAAGCGCCUCACACCAGACCUGGUGCAGGGCCUGCCCAGCCCCUUUCUGCGCUGCCCGUCUCAGCGACUUCUGGACCGCGUGGUCCGGCGCUAUGCCGAGGUGGCCGAUGCCGGAAGCAUCUUCAUGGACCACUUCACGGAUCGCGACAAGCUGCGGCUGCUCUACACGCUGGCUGUCAACGCGCACCCGAUCCUUCUACAGAUCUUCCCUGGGGCAGAGGGAUGGCCGCUGCCCAAGUACCUGGGCUCCUGUGGCAGAGUCUUGGUCAGCACCAGCACGAGACCAUUUCAGGAAUUCUACGGUGCACCCCCAGACCAGGCAGCCGACCUCGCCUACCAGCUCCUCGGUGUCUUGGAGUCGCUAAGGAACAAUGAUUUGAACUAUUUUUUCUACUUCACCCAUGUUGAUGCGGGCAUGUUUGGCAUCUUCAGCAAUGGGCAGCUGUUCAUCCGGAAUGCUAGCACACUCGGCGUCAUUGACAAGCAGGAAGGCAGCCAGGCAGCCACCAGGGCCGAGGAGAAUAAAGACAUCUUUAGUUGUCUGGUUUCAGGCUGUCAAGCUGAGCUGCCCUCCUGUGACGCCAUCCCUGAGAAACACAGUAUAGUGCAAGUGUGUCGGCAGCUGCUGCCCCGACUUCUCCAGGGGAAGUUCCCCUCUCUGGUGCAGAAGGAGAUAGACAACAUGCUCGCUCACUGUGGGCAGGCGACUCUCCCGGACUCUGAAAUUCUGAGGGCUGCCAGCCAGCUAAAGGACAUCUUGAGGCCCUUGAGGACCUGUGACCCCCGAUUUGCUUACCGAUACCCAGACUGCAAGUACAAUGAUAAGUUCUGAGGGGCUGGAACUUGCUGGAUAUGGGAGCAACAGUCUUGAUCCACCAUUCCCCCAGUCAGGCUGCUGCAAGAUUGAAAUAUAUUCCGUUGAACACGUGUUCACCUCCCAGGGAUAAGGGAACCUUCAAACUACAAAAGGGGAGUUCUCUGAGCCUGGUGAGCACUCCCACUGACUGAUCACGCAUGGCCGAGUCCAGGGGAGAGCAUCAGAAGACUUGAGUAUAAACAUUCACUCGACCUUGGAGCCUCUGUUUCCUCCCUCCAAGUUUUUCACCAGACUCUCAUGAUCGUGGAAGAACACCGAGAUGUGAAGGACUUAGUGCUCAUUACCCUCGCCCGGGUGGUUACAAAACAUGAAGCGGGAGCCACCCAGGCAGGAGAAAUGAGAAAGUACCAUGAAGAUCACCAUCACGACCCUUUAAGCAGCCCUGGCCAUAAUGUGGCAGGAAGGCAGUGUAAAAGGGCAUUCCUAGCCCAUACCGUGCUUGACUCGGGUAGGGGCCCUCUGCCUGUUCCUCACACAUUAGAGGGCCCAGCUCCAAUCCACAACACUCUCUUCUACCACCACAUGAUAAGAACUUGCCCACCAGGACCUGCUUCUAGACUGUCUUCUGGGUACCUGGGACUCCUUAUACAUGCCCAUGAGGCACCUCAUGGGGAUGAAGAGGAUCCAGGGAUAAGAAAAGUGAAGGGUGGGCUGGGGGCCAAUGUGUUAGUCCAGGUCCUUUGAGAAGAGGCAUCAAAGCAGAAUGAGCCAUACAAGUUUAUCAGGAAAGAUCUGAGUGAAAGGAAAUUAGGAGGAAACUGAAGAAAACGGGGCAGUCUUCAGCUGGUGACGAAACUGUAAGUCUGAGUUUGUGUGGAAAAGAGAAGGAGAGGUCAGGUGGAGACACCAUAGGUUGUUGGUUAUUGAGGCUAAAAAAGUCCAGCCAAACUGUCAGAGGGUCUUGAGCUGAAGUUGGCCAUCAAGGGAGUCCUGAGUCUCCCAGGCACAGGCUGCCAUAGCAUCCCUACCACACUGAUCACUGACUGGGAAGCUGGGCCUCGGGCCCAUAGCAAGGACAAAGGAUAUGCGUUGUGACAAAGGAUAUGCGUUGUGACAAAGGAUAUGCGUUGUGGCACUUAGCGCUUCUCCCUGGGAUAGGAGGUUUGUGCAUAGGAGAGCAUUCUUACCAGAGCCACAGCCACAGCCAGGGCCCAUGGGUCAGCUCUAUCCACACAGCUAUGCUCCAUACUCCAAAUUCUCGGAGGAGUCUGAGACUUCUCAUUGAAACGCAACACUCUAGCAAUCUCUCUCAUCGUGAACGUAUUUUUCAAAGUUGACGACUAGAACAUAUUUUAACAGUUUGUUAGCUUGCUUUGUGCCUUUUAAUUAUUUAGAUGCAGAGCAUAUGGACCUUCAUUUAUAGUCUUGCUCCAGCCCCUCAAAUAUCAGUGUGCCUGUGUCUAACCUCCCUCCCAGCCAUCUACCCCUAGGGACCUCACACUCUACCUCCUCAUUUCUACCUCUGAGUCACUACCUUGAAGUGAAUUGCCACCUUCACUUUGCAAAUGGGGAAAGUGAGGCCCAGGGAGGAAAAGUGAUUAGCCAGAAUAGUGCCAGAACUCCUACUGCCAAUGCAUGCCAUUCUUGCCUUCCCUCUGUAGCCUCCGACUCUCACCUGUACUACCUAAUGCGCUCUCUACCCACCAUGGCGGAAAUUGGACCAAGAAGUGUCCUGUGAUACGGUGUACUAGAUUGUCUUUGGCAUUUCCUUUCUACUACUCCAGGCACUACCCCCAGGGCAACUACAACAGAGAUCAUGGCCGACGAAGCUUCGGGAGGAAUUGACUUUGAGCUGUCUUUGAAAUGCUCCUUUCUGACAGUCAUGGUUCCUCCUCCCUGCUAGCUUGGCUGCAGAGCGUCCUCUCAGCCUGCCACUUGGUCAGAGCACAGGAAAGAGAAGACAGCCUCCAGAGUUCCUAGGAAUAGAGCAUCCCUGGUGCCACCUGUUUGCACAGAGACCUUCGGAUGACCCAGCCCAUCAGAAGCCCAUUGCUCCAGGCCUGGGUGUUUUUCCACCACAAAGUCUUUCUACCUGAUGAAUGGCUUUAAGUGAGGUUCCCAGUAAAUUCCAGAACUGACCGCUGUUUUGUACAGGCUUGUGAUCUGGAGGUAACUCUCCUCCUAACUCCUCAGCCACAUGUCUAUCCAGCUGCACAGGUGAGGGGGAAAUAGUUGCUUCUCUCCUGCAAACCAGGGAGACUGAAAAAUGUCCCCUCAAAACCAUCCUGUUCCCCAUGGAGCUCCUGAGUUCAGGCAGGAAAUGCGUGUAAGCAAGUGCACGCGCACGCACACACACACUCACACGCACACACCUCUAAAAUCAGGAUAAAGAGAUUUUCUGCCCUAUUUAACCUAAUCCCAAGAAAGAGCAAAGAAUAAAACUAUGUCAGGGCCCACCCAGGAGCUGUUGGGAGAUGUGUUUUAAUAUAAAUAAUAAUUAAAUCAUCUGUGUAUAUGUGCAGCAGUGUUCAAAGCUGCAGUGCAGGCAGAACGCUAAAUAAGGCAGGACCAGUGCUAAGCAAGUCCCACAUAUACUACUUAGGAAUGGUUUAGAAGUUGUUUGCUGCCUAGCAUCUUUUCCCAGGUUCAGGAAGUUUCCGGCUCCUUUUGAAACACAUUCACUACAGAGCAGAUCUGUUGUUCUUGCCAGCAUUUCAAUUGACUAUGAGCCGAGGCUUCCACAACACAAACCUUCAGGGUACAUCCUGCACACCCACCCAUACCCGCCCAUGACCAUCUGCUGACCUGAUCCCCCAAUAGUCUCUGUGGUGAGCACAGAUGAGGAAGGUACUUUGUGUCACUAUCUAAGGCUGAGAUUAGACAGUUUCAUUCUUCCACUUAGAAAGUUCCAAGUUUUACUUAAGAAGACUCUGGCUAAGGCCUGCCUUGAUCAAAAGCUCUUCCUGAAAGAAGAAAAAGAAAAUACAAAGACCCAGCUCCUAGUGAUCUCUUUCCCAUCCCUGAAGCUCUGGGCCACAGGUCAGUACCUCAUUUGAACCUGAUCGAAUCGCAAGGUUAGCCCAGACAUAUCUGUGUCCUACCUCCUGCAUGCAGCCGGGGGUUACCUGAGGAUGACAGUGCUAUCUAUUCUGCUUUUUCUUUUUCUUUUUUUUAAAUCCUGGACCAGACAAAGGAUAUCAGUGGAAUCAAAACUCUGCCAUCCAAAGCCACUAGGAACAUACUUAUCUUUGAACAAUUUGAGUUGAUUGCUCAUUGCAACAAGAGCACACACCAUUAGUAAACAUGAGCGAUCUAAAAGGGUGUGGGAAUUGACUUACGGAAUUUGGACUCAUUAGAUCAUGAGAAGAAAGUUCAGAGAAGUAGGGCUUGGCUCUGGAGUAGAUGCUGUCCAGGGGGAAAUGCUAUGAUUGUGUGUCUUGAUAAAAUUUUAUCUAUAGGCUCUCUGCUCCUCCUCCUGUGACAGGCAGCAGCCUCUUCCCAAAGACACGAUGGUGAAGGUCAGAGUGAACGAAUUCGGCCGCAUUGGGCACCUGGUCACCAGGGCUGCUUUCCACUCUGGCAAAGUGGAAAUUGUUGCCAUCAAUGACCCCUUCAUUGAUCUGAACUACAUGGUCUACAUGUUCCAGUAUGAUUCCACCCACGGCAAGGUCAAUGGCACCAUCAAGGCUGAGAACGGGAAGCUUAACAUCAAUGGGAAGGCCAUCUCCAUCUUCCAGGAGCGAGAUCCCGCCAACAUCAAGUGGGCUGAGGCCGGUGCUGAG